GGCCAAUGGCCAUUUGCAGAGUUGUGAAUGAAUGUCAUUUGGGUUUGGCAUAGGUGUCCCUCAAAGUAGGGUUGCCAACUCCCCAGGAUUCCUCUGGAGUCUCCAGGACUUAAAAAUAUUUAGUUAAAGAUUAUGUCAUGACGAAACCUCUAGGAAUACAUCCAAACAAUAGGUAUUUUUGAGGUAGCGUUGCCAAUUUUAACUGCCAAGAGGUGGUGUUUUAAAGGAAUAGUAAGGGCUUGACUUAAAACACCUGACUCCAGGAUUGAAAGCCCUCGGUUUAGGUUGCCAGCUGCCUGAUGACUGUGUGUGUUGUGAGUAGUGGGAGAAUUUUCUUUACCCCAGUCCAGUGGCCCACAAGUCUGGCCCGGUGCUGUGUGAGAGCCGGGUUUCCCACUGAUAGGUCCAAUAGUGUGAAGAACAAUCUUUGUUUCACCUGAAUUAAACUCCAUGCCGAUUCCGUGCUGCAAAUCUCCAGUCGCUCAAAGAUGAUGUUAGAAGGAGCAGCCUCUUCCUAUCUUAACAAUGGAAGGUCAGUCUUGUGCUAACACAGAGAUUAUCCAGCAAGUAGCCUCCGGAUCAAGUCCUCCACCCUUCCUUAACUUGCUGAAAAUACAUCGAGAACUUUUAGUCAGCAAAAUCCGAAACACCCAGUGUUUGAUUGACAACUUGAUUAAGAAUGAAUACUUCUCUACUGAAGAUGCAGAGAUUGCUGCACAGUUUCCUACUCAAGCCGACAAGGUUCGUAAAAUUCUGGAUCUGGUUCGAAGCAAAGGAGAAGAAGUUUCAGAAUAUUUCAUCUACAUCCUGCAAAAGGUCUCUGAUGCGUAUUACGAACUACAGCCUUGGUUGGAUGAAAUAGAAUUCCACCCUUCACAGAAUAUUCAAAAUAAACCUGUUGUAAAUACAGAUCCAGUCAGCAGGUACCGUCAGAAACUCAAAUAUGAAUUGGCAAGAGACACAAAGUUUGUUAUGUCGUAUGCUCAGAAGGAGGAAAUGCUGCUGGAGGAAACCUAUGCUGCUAGUCUUAUCGAGCUGGUCAGUUAUACCAAUGAGAGCCUAGGCAAGGUGAGCUGCCUAGAAGAGCUGUUUGAUGAUAGAAUUGGGUUAAUUAACGAAGAUGGAGAGACAAUCUACAUCUUUGGUGAUGCAGGUAUUGGAAAAUCCAUUUUGCUGCAAAAGAUGCAAAAUCUUUGGGCCAGAGGAGAAUUGGAUGUAGGUGCCAAAUUUUUCUUCCGGUUCAGGUGCAGGAUGUUUAGCUGUUUUAAAGAGAAUGAAGCCAUCUGUUUGAAGGAUCUCCUGUUCAAAUACAACUGUUACCCAGACCAGGACCCCGAUGAGGUAUUCAACCACAUCCUGCACUUCCCUCAUACAGCCCUCUUCACGUUUGAUGGUUUUGAUGAGAUCCAUUCCGACUUUGACCUGAGCAGCAUCCCCGAGAUCUGCUCACCCAGUGAACCUACCCACCCUCUUGCCCUGUUGGUGAAUCUUCUCAGUGGAAAGGUUCUUAAGGGAUCAAGGAAAGUUCUGACAGCAAGGACAGGAACUGAGAUCCAUCAAAACAUCAUUAGGAAGAAAGUACUGCUCCGAGGGUUUUCCAGCAAUAACCUGAAGGAAUACACUAAGAAAUUCUUCAGAGACGAGGAGUGUCGGGUAUUGAUGUCGAACCAGCUGGAAGCAAACCCCAGUCUCUGCAGUUUGUGUUCAGUGCCUUUGUUUUGUUGGAUUAUCUUUAAAUGCUUUGAACUCUUCCAUUCCAUGUUUGACAGUCAGGAGCUUCCAAACUACUCAGUUACACUCUCCGAUGUUUUUUUGCUCAUGACUGAAGUUCACUUGAACCGAACUCUGAAAACAAAUUUGAUGAAGAAGAACACCAGGAGCCAAGUGGAGACAUUCAGGUCAAAAAAGGAAACUCUGUUCUCUUUGGGUAAAAUAGCACACAUGGGGAUGGAGAAGUCUCUCUUUAUCUUUGACCAGGAGGAAGUCACAUCUUUGAACAUGUCAGAGCAGGAUUUGCACUUGGGAUUCCUCAGGACGGUUCAUGACUGCGGUGGCUUUGGAGACCAGUCCUCCUAUGAGUUCUUGCACUUGACCCUGCAGUCUUUUUUCACAGCUUUGUUCCUAGUUACUGAAGAGAAAUUGGGUACAAAGGAGUUACUGAAGUUUUUCGCAGAGUGCUCUUCCACUGAGACCGCCCCGUCUACUUGUCUCCCUAUUUCCUGGUUGCGCAAACGCUCUAUAGGAGAAGAUCCUUUCCGAAAUAAAGAACAUUUCCACUUCACCAAUCUUUUCCUCUGUGGUCUGCUCUCCAAAGACAAGGAGAAGCUCAUCAGACAUUUAGUUUCGCCUGCAGCCAUUAAGAGGAAGAGAAAUGCGCUCAUCACAUAUCUCUUAGAAAGCAUGAAAUUUCAAUUGCAAAGCCUGAUACGGGCAAGACAGAAGGGUUAUAAACAGAUUCAGGUCCUGCCCAAUUUUGUUUGGAUGCUGAGGUGCAUUUAUGAGACUCAGAGUGAAAAACUAGCCAAGCUGACUGUCAGGGGCAUGAAGGCCAACUACAUCAAACUCACCUAUUGCAAUGCCUAUUCGUCGGACUGCAGCGCCAUAUCCUUUGUGAUGCAGCACUUUCAGAAGCAUCUGGGUCUGGAUCUAGACAACAAUAAUAUCAAUGACUAUGGAGUAAAACAACUUCUACCUUGUUUUAACAAGCUUGCGGUGAUCAGGCUGAAUGUUAAUCAGAUCACGGAUCAUGGAGUAAGAGUACUAUACGAUGAGCUCUCCAAGUACAAAAUUGUGACUUACCUGGGCUUGUACAACAACCAAAUUACUGAUGUUGGAGCCAAAUACGUUGCAAGACUCAUUGAAGAAUGUUCAAGCCUCACAUAUGUUAAAAUAGGAGCAAACAAGAUAACCACGGAAGGAGGGAAAUGUCUUGCCCUUGCUAUCCAGAAGAGCAAAACGAUGUAUGACAUUGGGAUGUGGGGUAACCAGGUUGGAGAUGAAGGAGCGAAGGCGUUUGCAGAGGCGCUGAGGAAUCACCCCUCCUUAACGAAUGUGAGUCUUGCAUUCAAUGGCAUCACGCCAGAGGGAGGCAAAAGCAUUGCCGAAGCUUUGAAGCACAACAACACCGUGAAAAUAUUUUGGUUGACUAAAAAUGCGAUAGAUGACGAAGCUGCAGAGAAUUUUGCAGAGAUGCUGAGAGUCAACAAGAAGCUAGCGCAUUUAUGGCUUAUCCAGAAUCAGAUUACAGCCAAAGGGGCCAAAUUCCUCAGCGAAGGUCUCCAGGAGAACACAACCAUUAAAGAAAUCUGCUUAAAUGGGAACCCGAUCAACCAGGAAGAGGCCAAAGCCUUUGAAGAGCGGAUUAUUUGCUUUUGAGUGUGUUCUUUCCAGUUUGGCCAAGCUGAGUGUUACAAGUCCUGUUCCAGCACUUGGAGACUGCAGGGUUACCAAGGCAGGGUUACCAAGCUGCACUGGGGACGUCACAGCAUGUAAGAGAGUCUGAUUAACUGGCUUUUUCAGAACACUCUACCCUUCUCCCGCCAGUAAGAUGCCUGUGUUGUUACUCCACCCUUCUGCUGAGUGGGACAGUGCCUUAGAGAACUACAGCAAAUUGUCUAAACACCCUACAAAAGUGCUAUGUCCGCGUAAUCAAACCAAACCAAACCAAACCCCUGGCAGCUCUAUGUACUUUGAUACAUGGAUAUAGAUGUAUUAUGUAAAUAAGUCUCUUUAUAGCUUAUUUAUAUGCACAAUUAAGGGUGCAAGAGCCACAAGCUCACAGCAAUAUCUGCAGUGGACUGAGGAAAAGCUUGUGAGCAUUGGGAGAUCCUGAGUAGAACUGUAAGCCAUCCAUGCCAGGCAUUUUCUGCUGUUGCCUUCAGCACUGAUACUCGUUCCUGCCUGGUACCUGAGGUCUAAUUUUCCCAUCAAAUGUCAAUGGAGGUGUGGGUGCUCAGCAGGGCCGGCUUAAAGCCGAUUCCCCCAAUUCCCCAGAAUCGGGCCCCGCGCCUUAGAUGCCUUAAAAAAAAAUUUUUUUACUCACACUGGCAGCGGUCCACUCUGCCGUGGUCUUCAGCGGCCCCACUUCCCUGGCCAGAGCGCUGGUCGGAGCACGGCAAGCCCCGCGGCCCCGCUUUCCUGCCUGGAGCUCCAGACAGAGCACGGCGGCCCCGUGGCCCCACAACCCCAGCCAAAGCCCCCAGCCCUGCGACCCCGGCCGGAGCGCUGCAAGCCCCACGGCCCCGCUCUCCUGGCUGGAGCCCCGUGGCCCCCCUCUCCUGGCCAGCAAUCCCAAGUGCCACCAAAGACUGGGAGCGCCGCCCGGUGAGUACAAGCCCCAGGAAUCGGGCCCCACACUUGCUAAAGCCAGCCCUGGUGCUCAGCACUCCUGAGAAGCAGGAUCUUGGACUUAAGGCAUUGGUUAUUUUUAAUACUCCUUAGUGGAGCUAAUUCACACAACUUCCCCCAGAUACUCAGCAACACUCCUGACAUUUUGUUAGACUGUAAUUAUAGGGGCUGUCUCAAUACAGACCACACAGUGUUCAGUUUUGGGGGAUUCUGGAGAUAAACUUGAAGAAUUGGCCUCUAGCUUCAGAUACUAGACAAAUUUACACUGGACUUACAAGGUAUACAUUUUUAAUGAGAAUAAUUAGCAAUUGGAGAAUCCACCCCACCCCUGUGUAAAUGGUUCCAUCACUGAUGAUUUUUAAAUCAAGGUUGGAUAGUUUUCUGAAAGAUCUGCUCUAGGAAUUAUGUUACGGGAAGUUUGAGGGCCUCUGUUGUACAAGAGGUCAGACUAGAUCAGGGGUUCUCAAACUGGGGGUUGUGACCCAACUGUCAGCCUCAACCCCCAAACUGUGCUUCACCUCCAGCAUUUAGAAUAGUGUGAAAUAUAUAAAAAAAAGUUUUUAAUUUAUAAGGUGGCAGGGGGGGAUGUCGCACUCCAAGGCUUGCUGUGUGAAAGGGGGCACCGGUACACCAGUUUGAGAACCCCUGGACUAGGUGAUCACAAUGGUCCCUUCGGGUCUUGGACUCUGACAGGCUGCUGCUGGCAACACACCAACAGCAAAGAGCUAGCUGCAGCAUGGAGAAAGUAGAACUGAAAAACUAACUGAGUUGAGCAGAAAUCUCUUUCCCAACAACAGGGAAGUGCUAAAAACUGUUAGCGAACGUAAGACGUCCCUGCCAGUCCUACCUGAAUUAAUAGAAACAUUGAGAGUGGUGGUAGGAGAUGGAGGGAGAUUGGAAUGACAAGCCACAAUCGUGAGCUAGACAAGUGAGAAGCAAAAUGAUUUUCAGUAGGAACUAGUGAUUUUGGGAGCCCAACCUGAGAUGCCUUAAAAAAGCCUGAUUCUCAGAGGGCAGGUGUGCAGUACUUUAAAAAGGACCUGAUUUUCAUAAUGCAUCUCAAGCAUUGAAGCACCCAAAGUAUUUGACUAAGCUUUUGCAUGGUGUCUAUGUUCCUUAAUUUUCCUUUAGUUAAAUACAUUUUCAUUCAUAGAUAGAUUUAAAAAAAACAAACCCAAAAAACUCAAAAUACGUGGGUGUGUGUGCGCUUGCUGGAUUCUCCAUUUACUAACUUGCCCACUGAGCUGGGUGGGAUGAAGGAACAAAGGAAGCUGUGGCGUAGGUUCUAGUAAAAACAAUCUUAGAUCUCCACAAAGUAAAAAUAGUUAAAUGGUUUUCUUUCUAUUUUAAAUCCACACCCACCUCUUUUUGGUAGUAGCACCCUCUUCUUUCCCACCCCCAUUUAUUCCCUUUUCCCCUAAAACACACUUUCAAACAUUGUAAAGAAAAAUAUUAGUAUUUGUUAUUUUCAGUGGGCUUUUCUCACUAGCUGUUAUGUCAGUGAUGUGGCUCUCCUCCCACUGAGGUGAAGUGACAUUUCCAUGUCUUCCUAGAUAAAUCAGCUAACUGGAAUGAUUCAUGCAUCUGGGCCACUGGCUACUGAAGCAGAGAGGUGCACAGUUAGACAUGCAGUAUAUUUUAACUGUAAAAACAUCUGCCAACACAAAAUAGUUUAAAAAAUCCUGUUAAAGGCUAUUUUUAGG